GGGCACCCUGUGACAUCUGUCAAAAAGGAAUUUAUUUUCGAGAAUUUUCAUUCCCUAAGGAUGUCGGUGAAACAAAGCUCCCCGGAAAUAAACGCCUGCAAGGCCAUCAUAAAGAGUUUGUUCGGUACCUCGUACAAGCACCUGGCUUGGGUCUUCUACGAGCCGCUGGACGCCCAAAUGCUGGCCCUCUACGACUACCACGAGAUCGUGAAGGAGCCCAUGGACCUGUCCACCGUGCGCCACCGGAUUAGCUCCGGCUGCUACCAGAACGCCGCGGAUUUUGCCAAGGAUGUGCGCCUGAUAUUCUACAACACGUACCUGUACACCAAACCGGGACACCUGUGCUACGAAAUGGCCAAGAAGUUGCAAGUAGUCUUUGAGGAGAUGUUUGCCCAGGUGGCGGCCAACCCGGGAGCACCAGGGACAAGCUGCUAUAGCGACACGGAGGAAAGCAGCUCCUCCAGUUCUUCUUCAUCUUCUUCGGAAGAUGACUCUGAUUCGGAGGAGAGUGGGACGAGCAGCAGCUCCGAGGCCUCCCAAGCCACCUCAUCCUCCACCGCGCCACCUCCUGCCCCUGUCCCAGAGUGGGCGAAGACCGGGAUGAGUUCCUUUACUACCGAAGAGGAUCUUGACCUGCACGCCAAGAUCCAGCAGCUGGACGGCGAGGUACUGCUCCACGUGAUUCAUUUGAUCCAGCGCGGUGAGGGCGGCGGGUACGGCAACAAGGAGCUGGAGUUUGACGUCUGCCAACUGAAGGUCCACACCAAGCGAUCCAUCCUAGAGUAUCUGGAGAGCAGGGGCAUCAACGGCAAGAGACAGGCCCGCAGUCGCCCCAAAUAUAAUUGAUUAAUUGUAUUAUUCAAUAUUAUUCAUUUAAUUAUUUAAUAUAAUUUAUUUAAU